CCGAAGCAUCCAGCGCGGCGGGGGCUGGUCUGCGGGCCGGGAGCUGCGGGCUGCCUCCCUUCAUCGCGGAGCGGGGCGGCGCGCAAUGCACCGGGCGGGAGGAGGGAGCCGCCGCCGCCGCCGCCGCUGCCGCCUGGGCGCCGUGUGAGCUCCCCGCUCCAUGGCGCUGCCGUGCGGGCUGGGGCAGCGCGGCACGGGCUGAGCGGCCUCGUCCCCUCCGCCCGCCUCGCGCCGCCGAGUGGAUCCGGGCGGGGAGGGAGCGCGGGGCUGCCUGGAUGCCUUUGUCCCUCCGGCGGGGGGCUCGGCCGGGGAAGGGGGCGACGGGGCCGGCCGGCCGGGACCCCCGCUCCGGGGUCCGCCGCCGCUGCUGCCUGGUCCCGGGGCCGCUGCCCGCCCUGCGCUCGCCGGCGCUGCCCGACACGUGCCCCAGCCCCGGGGCGCUGCUCCCGCCCGGCGUCUAGCCCCGCCCGGCGGGGACGGUCCCGUGCGGAGCCCGGCGGCGGUGCCGUGCGGCCGGCCCGGGCCGGUAAUGCGGCCUCCAGGAUGCUGUGGUUCCCGGUGAAGAAGAUCCGCAAGCAGUUCAAGCUGCUGCUGCUGCUGGUGCUGCUCACCCUGGCCGCGUGGUUCACCUACCUGCACAUCAGCCUGGUGCGCCAGGGCAAGGCGCUGCGCCUGCACUUCGCCUACGGCCGAGAUGGCGAGAGGCUGGGUGAGGUGACAGAUGCUGGCAGGCGUGUGGCCGGGGCCCGGGCAGCGGCUCAGCAGAGAAAGGCCGAGGACUCCAGCGAGAGCCGGGAGGAUGAGCAGAUGCAGGGCGAAGGGCAGGGCUUUGAUGGCUGGCUCUCCAGAGGCCCAGGGGCGGAUGGAGCCGGGAGGCCUCCCAGGCUGAACGUGACCAAGCGUGUUCUGCCAUGGAACGAGCAGUACAAGGGGAAGGCGAACCUUCACGUCUUUGAGGACUGGUGCGGAGGGGCCGUGAGGCACCUGAGGAAGAACCUGCACUUCCCACUCUUUCCCCACGCCCGCACCACGGUGAAGAAGCUGGCUGUGUCGCCCAAGUGGAAGAACUACGGGCUGCGGAUCUUUGGGUACAUCCACCCCUUCAAGGAUGGGGACUUCCAAUUUUCCGUAGCGUCGGACGACAACUCGGAGUUCUGGCUCAGCUCUGAUGAGAUCCCAGCCAAUGCCCGGCUGGUGGCAUUUGUGGGCAAGCUGGGCUCCGAGUGGACGGCUCCAGGGGAAUUCACCAAGUUCAGCUCUCAAGUCUCCAAACCUAUCCGCCUCAUGUCCUCCAGACGCUAUUACUUUGAGCUCCUCCACAAGCAGGAUGACCGCGGGUCGGACCACGUGGAAGUAGGCUGGCGAGUGUUCCUUCCUAGCCUGAAGUUCGAGGUGAUCGACUCCCCCUUCAUCUCUCUCUACACAGACGAGUCCCCUCUGAAGAUGAACCACGUGGCUCACAUCCCCCAGUCCCUCGCCAGCCACGCCGGGAGCUACCUGUGGGAGGCACAGAGGGACGAGCACGGGGCCGACAUGCUCAAACCUGACCCCAGAGACACCUUCUUCCUCACUCCCCAGAUCGAGGCAUCCCGCGUGGAGAACGUGCUGGUGCCCUGCGCCUACAGCCCCACCUACGUGGUGAAGGACUUCCCUAUCGCCCGCUACCAGGGCCUGCAGUUCGUCUACCUCUCGUUCGUGUACCCCAACGACUUCACCCGCCUCACCCACAUGGAGACGGAGAACAAGUGCUUCUACAGAGAGUCCCCCCUCUACCUGGAGAAGUUUGGCUUCUACAAGUAUAUGAAGAUGGAUGAGGAAGAGGAGGAUCCUCGCCGGAGAGCCUUUCUCUUCCUGAACUCGGACAAUUUCCUGGAAGAGGAGGAGGAAGGAGCAGACAGUCCUGAGCCCACAGACCCGCCUCCCGACGCCAAGGAGAAGAGCCCCAGGGGGCCGAGCCCACCCCAGGGCACUGGGACCAAAGGCAAAGAAAUCCCUCUCGCUGCAAGGGAUUACGGGGGCGACGUAGACUACUAUGCUUUCCGCCACCAGCAACAGCCAGUUCAUGAUGAGGGUGCUGCGCCAGGGCAGCCACAAACCCAGGACGUACGCAACCGGGCCAGCCGCAGCUCCGCGGUCACAGCCAGGGAUUCCCAGGGCUAUGAGAACACUCCCCCUUUACGAGAGCAGGCCCUGGUACGGGGGCGCUCCCUCAGCUGGGUGCUCAAGGAGCCGGAACAGGCCAAAGCCGGGGAGGAAGACGAGCUGGGGCUGCUGGCACCGUCAAGGAGGGGCAGUGUCCUAAACCGCCAACCCCACCUCUCUGUGCCCAUCUUUGGGGGCAAAGCAAAGCCACAGGGCCCAAGCAGGCUCCUGGUGCCCGUGGAGGAGAAGAAGGCUAAGAAGGAGGCCAAGAAGCCCCAUGAGAAGGUGUAUGUGACCCGGCUGCAGCCUGGCAAGCGCAAGGCCCCAGUGCAGGAGGCCACCUUCCCCAGUGUCUUCCUCUACCCUAAGCCACUCAGGAGGGUGCACCUGAACUCGAGGGCCCCCCAGAGGCGCUCCGCCCCCUCCACCAAGCUCCGCACCGUCCCUGGCCACAGGGUGCCCUGGCUCCCGAGCAACAGCUCCAGGGAGACGUAUCCCUCCAAGAGGAAGAGCCCCAGGGCCAGCAGCAGGAAGUGGGAGCAGCUGUACAGGCAAGAGGACCCCAAGGCUGUGAGCGAGCGGAGGACACGGCCCAGCGUACAGCCGCCACCAGCCGAGGGGCUGUUCGGCAAGGAGGCCCUGGAGGUCCCCACCGCCACCCCAGUCAGGACUGCGGCAGCGGGUGCCCUGGAUUACAACUCCUCGGAGGCGGCCCUGUCAGCCGGGGUGCGGGUGACGUCCUUCCUGAGGAUGUCGGAGGUGACUGCGUUGCAGCAGGAGGUCCCGGGCAAGGCCCAGGAGGAGGAGGAGGAGGAGCUGUCGGACUAUAGCUACGAAAACUCGGAGCUGCAGCCGAGCUGGCUGGAGGACUCCAUCAACUGGCAGAGGACGUUCAGCGUCAGCUCGGUGGACUUUGAGCUCCUGCGCUCCGACUGGAAUGACCUGCGCUGUAACGUCUCGGGCAACCUGCAGCUGAGCGAGAGCGAGGUGGUGGAUGUGGUGGCCCAGUACAUGGAGAAACUCAACGAGAAGAAUGGGGGGAUCUACACCCUGCUGCGCAUAGUCAACGUGGAGAAGCGGCGAGACACAGCGCGGGGGAACCGCUACCUGCUGGAGCUGGAGCUGCUGGAGCGGGGCCAGAGGACCGUGCGGCUCUCGGAGUACGUCUACGUCCUGCUGCACCAGGGCAGGCCGGACGACAGCACCAAGGCCAACCCCGAGGGGCCCGCGCCCCUGGCCACAGAGCCCCAGCCCAGCCCCUGGAGCCUGCUCUACGGGAAGCCCAUCCUGUGCCAACCCCUGCGGCUCAGCUGGAGGCAGGACGUCAUGGUGCACUUCGUGGUGCCAGUGAAGAACCAGGCGCGCUGGGUUCAGCAGUUCAUCGCGGACAUGGCCGGCCUCUACUGGGACACCAAGGACACCAACUUCAAUGUCAUCCUGGUGGACUUUGAGAGUGAGGAUAUGGAUGUGGAGAAGGCGCUGCAGGAAGCCCGGCUGCCUCGGUACCAGUACUUGAAGCGCACGGGGAACUUCGAGCGCUCGGCAGGGCUGCAGGCUGGGGUGGACUCCAUCGAGGAUGGGCGCAGCAUCGUGUUCCUGUGCGACCUGCACAUCCACUUCCCCCUCAACAUCCUGGACAGCAUCCGCAAGCACUGCGUGGAGGGCAAGCUGGCCUACGCGCCCAUCGUCAUGAGGCUGGGCUGCGGGAGCUCUCCGCGGGACCCCAAUGGCUACUGGGAGGUGAAUGGGUUCGGCCUCUUUGGGAUCUACAAGUCGGACUUUGACCGCGUCGGGGGCAUGAACACGGAGGAGUUCCGAGACCGCUGGGGCGGGGAGGACUGGGAGCUGCUGGACAGGGUGCUGCAGAGCGGGCUGGAGGUGGAGCGCUUGCGCCUCAGGAACUUUUACCAUUACUACCACUCCAAACGCGGCAUGUGGAACGCCCGCAGCAAGAAGGCGCCCAAGGACUAGGGCCUGGGCCCUGCUGCCAGCCACGCCCAGGGCUCCUCUGCACCCCGGGGCGGGAUGAGGCUGUUCAGCAAAGCCAGCUGCCUCGGCUCUGCCCCCUGGAGCCCACGCAGUUGUGGGAGUCGUCUCCAGGCCGCUGGCGGUGCCUCUAGACGCUGCGAUGGAGCGAGAGGCCCUCGGAGCUGGGGAUUUCUCCAGAGCUCUCUAAACAAACCGCAGUUACUUUGGGAGGGGGGUGGGGGGGAGAUUGUGAUUUUUCUUAAGGCUUCUAAUUUCUUAGUGAGAAACCAGUUUAUUAACUCAUUAGCACUGAGGGUCAGGGAUCCUGUCAGAGGGAGGGAGCAACCAGCCCCUCACGCUGCUCCCAGCCCCUCAGGGAGCGGGGCAGUAAAACAAGGCCUGGAGCAAACCCUACCGCUCAGCUGCCAUGCUGGGGCGGGAGGGGAGGAGGCAGCAGCCCCAGUCCAGCUGCCCUAGGAACCGACCCAGGAUCCAUCCCCUGGAGAGGAGGUGGAGAAGGUGCUUAUCAGCCUGGCAGCCAGGUUUCCCUCCUGGGCCAGGCUCCCCGGGGCCAGCCCUGGUAAGCGACGCUGGGGAGGUGCCCAGGUUCACAGGGGGGCAGCAUGAGUCGCCGCGAGCGUCCACGCACCCCUCUUUGGUGUGGCCGGGAGAGGCAGAGCUCCCUGUUCCGUAGCGGGGCCGGGAGGCAAACACACAGGGCACGUACUGUCCGUGCAGGGCUCCCUAGGGAGACGGGAACCUUGCUGGGUACUGGAGGACAUGCCUCCGCGGUGGCUCGUUGGGCGAACAUACUGCUUUGGGGAGGUCUGGGGGCAGGCGAGGGGCGGAUCUGUGAGCAGGGCCUUGCAGCUCGCCGGCCCCGUGCCCUGUCGCACUCAGAAGGGGAGGAGUGAGCGAGGGGGUUAGUAUGAUGCCGGUGCCUCAUGGCUCGCUGCCCCGUAACCUUCAGAGGCGGCUGCUGUGCCCUAUGGGCCCCAAGCUCUCCAGUCAGGAAAUCCCCCGGCCCCAGAUCUGCAGUCAGCACACAGGUGGGAUGCGACAACCCGGGCGGCUCCUGAAGCCGUUGGUGAGGUGGGCCCGAGGCAGAGCCGGGCAGAGCGGCUAAUCCAGGCUCACCGUGCCUAGAUGCCCAGCAGCUGGGAGCUGUGCCACCCUGGCUGGAGCCCAGAUCCACUCAACGGGCAUCUCCUCAUGAAUCUGGCUGGGAGGGGCGUCCUCAGCGCACCCCCGGGGGCAGCGUGGGAGAUGAGCUACAAACCCACCUCUGUCCCCUUCUCUUCCAUCCACGUCCAAAGGGCUCGUGUCCCACAGCUCAGCCCUUCUCGAGCACAGUGAGACGCUGCGGUUCCUGGGGGUGAGCCAGACAGCAGCUCAGGCUCAGGGCGCUGCUUCCUGGGCCUGGUCGCGCUUGAGGGGGGAGGGAAUGGGCUGGUAAAUGCGGCGCCCCGGAGAGAUUCCUUGCCAAGCCAUCCACUGCCUUCAGCCUCCCUCCCUCCCGCGCCAGGUCCCUGCUGGCCUGGUGCAGCGUGAAACCCGCUGCUGGCCCCUCCGCCAGGGAAGGGAGGAGGGGCCGGGUGGCAGGGAGCUCUGCUAUGGGCGAAGGAGGUGGGGGGGGCGGGGGAAGGACACAGGGAUGAAGCGCAGCCCCGGAGAGGCCGAACACUCUGCUACUUGGUGAACCUGAGCAAAGGCUAAUGUCCCAAUCCCAGCCCCGGUGUGGGGCUGGGGGGAGCAGCCAGCUGCCCAGCGCAGGCUCACGGUCGUGGCAGGGUGGGGCUGGCCGCAUGACGCCUGCAGGAGGCUCACAUGUUGUUGACAUUCCCGGUGCAGCCCCUGGGGAGGGCUGGUCGGAGCCCGCUCCCCCAGGGGCUGAGACAUCCCCCCUGGGGAGGGCCCAAGGCAGGAAUCGGAGCAGGGAGGGCGAGCAAUGUUUCCAAGCUAAUUUCUGUGAAAUUAUGAGGUAGGAAGCUGUUUUCAGGAGGUUGUCUGUUUUGUUUUUUAUUAUUAAAAAAUAAAAGGAAUGUCUUGGUUGGGA